GCGUCCAGGCUCCCCCCCGCGUUGCGUGCUCGGUGACGUCACACGCACAGGUAUAAAAGCGUGCGCUUGCAGCGUGGCCUUCUUUUCCGCGGGAGCGCUGGGGCCGGCAUGGCGCCGCAAAAGGACAGAAAAUCUAAAAAGGCAACUUGGAAAUUUUGCCUGGAUUUGACCCAUCCUGUUGAAGAUGGAAUCUUUGACUCCGGGAACUUCGAACAGUUCCUGAAGGAGAAGGUUAAGGUCAAUGGAAAAACUGGAAACUUGGGGAACACUGUUCACAUCGAACGUCUCAAGAACAAGAUCACAGUGACAUCUGAGAAGCAAUUUUCUAAAAGGUACCUAAAAUACCUCACAAAGAAGUACCUCAAGAAGAACAAUCUUCGUGACUGGCUUCGCGUGGUCGCCUCUGACAAGGAGACAUACGAACUACGCUACUUCCAAAUCAGUCAAGAUGAAGAAGGAUCAGAGUCUGAGGAAUAAAUGAAGUUUAGCUUUAUACUCAAUACAGUGUACAAAAGACUAGAACAUCUAUUUAUGAGAGCACUUUAACUUAUUGGUGAAUAAAGAUUUUGUACUCUGUUUGACAGAG